AUGAUUACAGACAUGCAAUUGGCUGUUUUCUGCAACAUACUUGGUGUCUCAUUGUUUUUCCUUGUAUUUCUCUACCACUACAUCAAAGCUAAUUAUUCUAAAUAAUUAUGGAUUUAUUAAUUAAUAAGUUAAUUGUAUUUAACAAAAAUAAGAAGAAAUGAUUCGAGUGUGGCGAUCGCCAGAUUACGUUUCAAUUAACAUUAAACGGUUCAUCCAAAUGAUUGUAUUUAUAAAAUGAGAUUCCGAGACAUGAAAAGUAAUUGAUUCAUUUUCAUUUAUUUUAAUAAAAUAAUCAAAGAUUAU